GAGGUAAUGCGGAUACUGGAGCAGGGGGCCUCGAACCUGCAGGGCGGGGAUGAGGGCGCCGCCGAGGCCGUGGGGACGCUCAUGCUCGCCAUGUCCACGCUGCUCUACCGGAGUGGACGACGCCAAGACGCAAUGGAAAAGCUCAAAGCAACCCAGCAAGUUGCUCCUUCUGCAGCUUUCAGAGUUGCUGCAUGGGAAGCACUAAUGGGGUUACGCAUGGAGGCAGGCCAGGAUGUAUCCUCUUCGAUGUCCCCAAAUGAUUCGGUUGAUCUGUCAGUCAAAGAUGAAGAAAUAAAAUGGUCUGAUCAGGACCAUCUGAAAUGUCGGGUUGAUGCUAUCAAAGGACUUGCUGCUCUUUUAAAUGGAGAGAUAGAUACAGCCCAGACGCUCUUUGGUGGGCCCAAGGACAGCUUUGCUGGAGUAGGCAAUAACCAAACAGAAAAUGCUGUCCUUACAUAUGGUGAAUAUCUGCACUGCACUGGUGAUUUUCCUUUGGCAACACAAAUGUAUGAAAAGGUUCUUGAGGCAGCUAGCACAGAAGAUAAGUCCGGGAAUUUGUUAGCAGCUGGAAACAUGGCUCCCGAGGAGGUUUCUCUGGGUGCUACUUGCUCAUAUGGCCAGCUUUUGUCUCAAUCUGGCCAGUUCGGUGAGGCAGAGGACUAUCUCACAAGGGCGCUUCAGAAGGCUGAAGAACAAUUCGGUUCAAAUCACCCAAAGGUUGGUAUUGUACUGACCUGUGUAGCUAGAAUGUACAAACUGAAAGCAAAAUCAGAAGGUUCUAGUUCGAUAAUGGUUCAGGAGGGGCUAUAUAGGAAGGCCCUAGAAGUAUUGAAAGCACCUGCCAUCAAUUCUGAGGACACAAGAAGUCAGGUCGAUUUGAGAGAUAUCAUCUCCCUUGCUCGAGGUGAGUAUGCAGAAUUGUUGCUUAUUCAGUCCAACAGAAAGGCAGAAGGUGAACGAAUGAAGGAGUGGGCACAAGAUGCUUGGAAAAACCGUAGGUUAACACUAGCUCAAGCUUUGGAGUUUUCAGAACUUUCAAAACCUACAGUGGUUGAUACCCGUAUCGGAAGGGUCAUAUAGCUUCCAUCAGCCUUGCAAAAAAAAAAAAAUAGCUUCCAUCAGAACCUGAGGAAAGGUACUAAUAUGCAAUAAUCUGUGAACACACCUAUGUAAUGUAAGUUAUGAAAGUAUGAUCUUCGAAUGGGAGGACCCUUGCAAGUCGAAUUCAUGGAUGUUAGUACAUCGUAUCCAUAUCGAUGUGUAGAGGUGGACAUUCUAUAGCAUCUUCUGACUCUUGAGUUAUCCUGUUGUUAGAUCUGUAUCACUCUCUCUGCUCAUCUUAAAUGUUCUGAUAUGACAUGAUACUGUGAUGGAUGCUAUGUUUCUGUAAUGUACUAAUGUACUGUACGCUGGUAA